ACCUUAUGGGAUCUUGCUAUAGCUGAAGUGGAGAAGAGAGAGAACCCUGACGACGAUGGCAAGCAUGUGGAAGUUUGGGAAAAAUCAAUAUUAUUUAUGGGAAACAAAAACGGGGGAAAGACCACUAUUAUACUGAGGUGUCUUGACAGGGAAGAGGCUCCAAAGCCAACAUUUGCCUUGGAAUAUACUUUUGGAAGAAGGGCAAGGAGACACAAUGCACCUAAAGAUAUAGCUCAUUUUUGGGAACUAGGUGGUGGAACUUCAUUACUGGAACUGAUUCGAAUACCAAUCACUAGCAACAAUGUAAGGUCAUUUGGUGUAGUUCUUGUAUUGGAUCUGUCCAAACCUAAUGAACUCUGGACUACUAUGGAGAAACUUCUGCAAGUCACCAGGAACCAUGUCAACAAAAUUUUAAGCAAAUUAGAAAAGACAAAUCCUGAAGUAGCUACUGAAAUUAAACAGAGGAUGCGGAACAGUCUGCAGAGGGAUCAUCCAGAUUAUGAGUUAGUUGACCCUUUUCCAAUACCCUUGGUGAUAAUUGGAAGCAAAUAUGAUAUUUUUCAUGAGUUUGACUCUGAAACGAGGAAAAUAAUAAGCAAGACACUUCGAUUUGUUUCACAUUAUUAUGGAGCAUCAUUAGUGUUUACCAGCAAAUCUGAGGCUCUCCUGGUGAAAGCCCGUGUUCUUAUUAACCACUUGGCAUUUGGCUAUGAUAAAAGCAAGUCUGUAUCAGUGGAUCACAGCAAACCUCUGUUUAUACCAGCAGGCCUGGAUUCCCUAAGCCAAAUAGGACCACCACCAGCCCCUGACAGUGAUAUUGGAAAGAUGCGUGCAAACACACCGUUGGAAUUGUGGAAAAAAGUGUUUGAGAAAACGUUUCCUCCCAAGAGUUUCUGUGAUUUACAAGAUACCAAGGACCCUGCAGAGGAUUUACAAUACGCUGAGUAUGAAGUUGAUGUCAUGAGAGCUCAGAAAAACCAGGAACUUGAACAAUACAAAAGAAAUGCCUCUAAAUCCUGGAAAGAAAUGGAUUUUGAUUCCGACUGAUGAACUGCUGUAGGUGUCUUCAG